UACGAAGCUACGUACAGCCACCAUUUCAAGCUUUCAUCGGCCUGACAAGGCCCGAUUGGAUACGCUACAGAGGUGUCACAAGCACAACUUGCCUCCUCGCGGCACAACAGUCCGCGGGGUGCAAUGAUUCUUCUCAAUAUCCGGCUAUGAUUCUCGUGAACCGGAGUAGCAGCAAACACUCAGGUAGGUAGGUCGCUUCUCGGUUAUCUCAAAUCUCGACUUCAUCCUGUGGCUUCACAGAUCUGUCAGGAUGCUGCUUGGCUCAUCCUUCCGCCCUGUGCUUUCGCGCUCGCUCGGACGACACAACCUCGCUAGUUUGAGGACAACCCGCCCUUUGCGAACACUGCCCUCGUUCUCCCUUGAGAACAAAACUUGCGUGGUCACUGGCUCGGCACGAGGCCUGGGAAAGGAAUUUCUGACAGCAUUUGCCCUUUCCGGCGCACGGGGAGCUUGCAUCGAUCUCUCUCAGAAGGACUGUGAAGCAUCCAUCUCAUCAGUAGCAUCCCUAGUCAAAGAGGCAUAUCCCAACGAGCCGGUCCCCGAACUGCGAGCAUACGCUUGCAACGCAACGAUCGAAAACGACGUGACGACGACAUGGGCCCGGAUCGUGCAGGAUUUUGGCAAAGUCGACGUGCUAGUGACUGCAGCGGGCAUCGUGGACAACGUCGAGGCCGAGAACUACGAAUUUGCCCGCUGGCGGAAGAUGAUGGACAUCAACGUCGAUGGGAGCUGGUUGUUUGCAAGGGAAGCCGGAAAACAUAUGCUGCAGCACAAUAUUCACGGCUCGAUCAUACUCAUCGCGAGUAUGUCGGCGACGAUUUGUGUUCGACCGCAAAAGCAAGCCGCCUACAAUGCUUCGAAAGGUGCCAUCCAGAUGUUGACGAAGAGUCUGGCCACGGAGUGGGGACCUAGAGGGAUCAGAGUGAACAGUUUGAGUCCUGGCUAUAUGAGGACAGAUCUUAUCAAAGGCUUGUUGGAGCACGAGGGCAAGGAACUGGUCGGGUCAUGGGAGAAGGAUAUUCCAAUGGGAAGGAUGGCGGAACCACACGAGCUGAGGGGGACGAUUGUUUGGAUGGCAAGUGACGCAAGCAGCUAUCUCAAUGGAUCGGACGUGAUAGUAGAUGGAGGAUAUACUUGCUGGUAAACGAGCUGACGAUACUAAGAGCGGCGAAAUAUGUGGGAGCACCCUUAGUGUGCAUACCAUGCAGAGCAGAAGCAUUCUGUAGCGUUGCUCAUUCUACGUCGUUUUCAAAGCUUUACUCGCUUGCCGUCCCGUCACCCACCCGUCGUUU